AUGUUUCACUAUGGUCAUGUCCGGCAACUACGGCAAGUAAAAGAAUCGUUCCCCGACGUCUUCGUGACCGCUGGAAUAUGCAGCGAUGAACUGGUGCGUAAGUAUAAAGGUGGUCCGUUAGUGAUGACAUACGAGGAACGCUUCGCCUCUGUGGCAGAAUGCAAAU